AUGGUGGAUGUGCGCAGGCUGUAUCAUGGCGCUGGCGGCAAGGUUCACAGCAGACCACCAGCCCAUGACCCUCUGUCCACGAAGGAACAUUGUUGCAGCUCCCCAGCUCCGGCCACGCCUGCAUCGUGCGGCAGCACUCUCCCCUUUGAGGAUGUGCCAGCUGACCGAGGCUCACCACCGCCUUACGACGAAUGCUCGAGCAAGGGACAGUCGCUGAAGGCCGGGUUAGACGCCGCAGCCAUCGUCGCCGAAAGCCUCGGACCCGACUGCGACCGCGACCCCGACCCGCCCGAGUAUGGCGAUACCGAACGGCGGAAGAAUGUGCUGGAGCCCUCUCAGGGUGUCUUCUUCCCCUUGAGAAACACCGAUACCCACGUGCAACCCAUCAAAAGAAAACGUGCACCUACCGCCGCCGUAUGCACCGCAGCGACGUCUACGCUUGACGCCGCUCGCCCGGACAAACUGCAGCGAUCGCUGUUUGCCGGUCUGGACAGUCGGCUAGUGCAUGUGCUUGAGCAGCAACAGCAACAAAUUCAUACUCUACAACAGAUGUUCAAGGAAUCGCAGAAACGUAAUGAGAAGCUCGAAGCGCGGUGCGAUGAGCUGGAGAGAAAAUGCGGUGAAUUAGAAGAUGGUCAAUCUGGAAACGUGGAGACCGUGGAGAAUCUCGACAUUGCGGUUGACGAACUUCAAGCUAGGUGCGAUGCUCUCGAGAAGCAAAUGCCGGACGUGUGUGAUGAGAUGGAGGACCUUAAGGAAAAAUGGUUAAAGGAAUGUAGAGAGGAAUUCGAAGAGAACGAGCGCGGCGAAUCCAUUGAGGAUAGUAUGGCGAACCAAAUACGCGAGGGUGUCGAGACUGAAUUAAACCAGAUUCGAAGGAGGGUUCUAAGAGCCCUUGAACCAACACAUGUCAACGAAGAAGUCAAAACCAAGUAA